AUGGCCUCGACUCAAGGAAAUGUUGGUCGGAAGGCUGAAUGGAUAGAGAAACUUGAGAAGCAUUGCAAAACUGCAGGCCUUGGAGACCCGGUGUACACAUUGUUCUCCGAUCGUCGAGGAGGUCGGACAGCUUGGAGCUCCAGCGUGAAGGUACAAGGUAGAGCAUAUGCUGCGCGGUACUGGUACGAUGGGAACUUCACAAUUAACGCCAAACAUGACGCUGCAGAGGUAGCUCUCACGCUCCUGACCUACCAACAGCAACCACAAGCUCGCAGCGAAACUCUUCCAGGAAAGGUGUGGCCGUAG